AAGAAGAUUAUGCACUCGUAGACAACCUUUUAAGGCGCGUCCGAACGAUGCUGCGUUGAUAUGGGUCUCUAUCUCGUUGCCGUGCUAUUUGCCUUACUAUGUCUCUACUUCUUUCUUGAUGUGAACUACUUCCUGCGCCAUGUGACCCUCAUGUUGCUGUACCACUUAAGAUGGAAACGUCGUCGGCUACCACUGGAUGCGCCGGACAGCUCCAGAGGAAUGUGCCGUCUGACGGACCUUGAUCACAUGUGCCACAUGAACAACGCAAGGUACCUUCGUGCGUUUGAGUACGGACGAACCUGCUUUGGCUUGAAAAAUGGUUUAUGGAAAGCAGCUGCAAAUUUGAAGAAAACUCUUCUCGUUGCCGCUGUUGCCGUGCGCUACAGGAAGCCUUUGAAGCUGUUCCAGAAAUACCACAUCGUCACCAAGCUGGUGCACUGUCAGGGAAGAGACCUUUACGUUGACCAGCAGCUCAUAACCGACAGCGACAACUUUGUGCGUGCCACAUGUUUAGCCAAGAUGACUUUGACGUCGGGUUCCGUCGAGGAACUCCUUGCAGCUCUGAAAGAAAAUCCUUCCAAAUUCACGGACGCCCCAGCUGAAGUGAAACAGUUUGUGGACUACAACACUAUGAAUAGUGAGAGGCUAAACCCCAACAAGGUAAAAUGAUAAUAGCACGGCAACGAGCAACCCAGCAUCGAAAUUGGGCAGUGAUGGGAUGGGCAAGAUGUGGCAACGGCGCAAAGUCCCUGUUUCUCAAGUAAAAUUUCAUUGGAACGAA